AUGGCCCACCAUGUUUGCCAAUGUGUUGAAUACUUCUUACAAGAUAGCAUGCUGCUGACUGGGCCACUGACCAUCAGCCCGGCACUUGGGAUUGUGAUCGAUGCCUUGAAAAAUAGACCAGGUCAUGAAGAAGAAAUUUGCUGGCUGCAAGUUGCUCUGAAGCUAGUUCAACAGAAGGGCCUUCGUGCCUUGGAAUAUGUCAAGACUUAA